CAAAUGGACGACGUAAAUGAACAAAGCAAUCCACUGCUUACAGAUACAACAACAACAAGAAGAAGCAUGUUGGAGAGUGGUGAUAAUAAUAAUAAUGAAAAGGGUGCAUUAUUAUUAUUAUCAUUAUCAUUAUUGGGGCGUAAGAAGGCUUUCAUGGGAGAGUUGAUAGAAGUGAACCGCAUAGCCCUUCCCAUGAUCCUCGUCACUGUUUCCCAGUUUCUGUUGCGCACCUCUCCCAUCCUCAUGCUGGGCCACCUCGGGCAGCUCCACCUCUCCGCCGCCUCCAUCGCCACCUCUCUCUCCAACGUCACCGGUUACAGUGUUCUUUUUGGAAUGUCUGGCGCGCUGGAGAUGCUGUGCGGGCAGGCAUACGGGGCAGGACAGCAACGAAAACUCGCGACGUUCACUUAUGGUGCGAUUCUCGGCAUGUUCCUCGUCUGCAUUCCGGUCGCCAUACUAUGGCUCCUCACAGAGAAGUUGCUGUUGUCACUUGGCCAAGAUCCAUCCAUCGCGGCAGAAGCCGGAAAGUAUGCCAUCUGGCUCAUCCCCACUCUCUUUCCCUACUCCGUACUCCAGUCUCUGGUCCGGUACCUGCUCUCGCAGGGCUUGAUCGUUCCCAUGGUGUGGAGCGCCGUGGCGUCUCUGUGCCUGCAAGUGCCCAUUUGUUGGGUUUUCGUGUUCAAGAUGGAGUUGGGGAGUGCAGGAGCUGCAUUGUCCAUUGGCAUUUCUUAUUGGGCAAAUGUGGUUUUCAUUUUAUUUUACGUCGCCAAGUCUUCGUCGUCGUCGACGUGUAAAAUACCAUCAUCUUGUCAUGCCGCCAGUUUCACUAGGGAUGCUUUCCUUACCAUGGGGGACUUCUUUAAGCUUGCUGUCCCCUCUGCAGUAAUGGUCUGUUUGGAAUGGUGGUCAUUUGAGUUGAUCUUACUAUUAUCUGGACUCUUGCCAAAUCCAAAACUAGAGACAUCUGUGUUAUCUAUAUGCUUUACGACCACUUCUGUCCACUGCAACAUUCCUUAUUCUUUCGGUGCCGCUGCAAGUGUUAGGGUUUCAAAUGCCGUUGGAGGGCGUAAAGCAGAGGCAGCGAGAGUUGCGGUCUAUGCUGUUAUGGUGUUAGCCGCGACAGAGGUUGUGGUGACAAGUGCCGUCAUAUUUGGGUGCCGCGGGGUGUGGGGACGCAUGUUCACGUCCGAGGACGAAGUGGUCGGCCGGGUGAGAGAGAUGGUCCCACUUAUCUGCGUCUCGACCAUCCUGGAUGGCACGCAAGCAGUGUUGUCCGGGGUUGUCAGGGGCAGUGGGUGGCAGAGGAUAGGGGCAUGCGUGAACCUCGCCUCGUUUUACUUGGUAGGGAUUCCGGUGUCUCUCCUGCUUGGGUUCGGUCUGGACCUAAAGGCACUUGGCUUGUGGCUCGGUCUGGUGGCCGGAGCGUUCGUCCAGUCCGCCUCCCUCCUAUGUACUUUCAUUUCCUCCCUAAAUCGGGCGCCGGAAUUAAUAGAAGCAAGGCUUGAAGUUUGAAAGAGAUAUAAUACCUCCAUCCAUUCAAAGAUAAACUUCUCAUAUACUAAUUUCAAUUUUUGUAUUUUUCACAAAAUACUUUUACUCUCACUUAAAAUGUCUACAAUACAAUCUAUUUUUUUCUUUGUUACGGAAAUUAUAUAUUAAUAAUCUAUAUGUUAAGACGAAUCAAACAAGAUCACACAUGACUAAAUUUAGGCAUACACAUUGAGAGAAUUUGAUGAGUCAAAGUGCUUAGAUGAACAGUUCCAAAAGUCAAAAGUGGACAAAAACUGGGGGACGGAGGGAGUAUAUUUUAAAAAAGGAAAAAUUACCCAAAAUAAUCCUAACUUUACAUGGUUUUUCAAAAUAAUCUCACCCUUCACUGUGAUGCAUAAUAAUCCCAACUUUAAUGAAAUUUGCCAGUUUUG